GAUGUACUUAAAUAGGGCAAUUGAUCAAUAAAAUUUUUCUUUGGGUCCUAAGAUUAUUAACCCUUCCUCCCUUUCCUCCCCUUUCUAUCGGCCGUAAUGGAAUUUAAUGUCCGUCUUCACACGGGCGGAGCCUUCCGUACGUUUACCUCCGCACUGCGGAGAACCUUUUGGGGCCUCCGGAUGGGUUGUUUUGUUGGGAUUUGGGAUGGGCACCGCAAUUGACUCAUAUUAUAACUAUCGAUCGAGUAAUGAGAACUCGGACCGGGAUGGAAACAUCAGGGUUUAUUGUUAUGUGUAGGUUUAGACUGUCAGAAUGAUCCUGUAUGCUGCGGAGAAAUUAUAUAUUUGUUUAUCAUGAUUGUAUAUACGUAUACUAUAGCAACAUAUAGUUCUGAUAUCAUAUCACUUUCGUAGAACACCUACUAAUGACAUUCGAAGAAACCAACGCAAGAACACAAUUGUAUAUACCCGUCUCAAAAUAAUGCACGGAGUACGCCAACC